UUUUUUUUGUUUGUCAGCUGCGGCGAGGCAGGGUAAGAGGUAGAGGACCUGUUGUUUCCAGGAUUACUUUGUAGCCCAAAUUGCUUGUUGCAGUAUGUGACGACUUUCGGAGGUAGUUGUUAUUUAGAGUACUGCGAAGCAUGAGAGAGUGACAAUGGAUGUAAAUGAUUCAAGCAGUGUGGUUUUGACAGCUUAUCAUUCCUAUUCCCCCUCAAGAAUACCAAUAAUGGAUCAAAGCUGUGUAACUGAACUUCCUUCAAGUCUUGUUCCAACACACAGAGAAAAGAGAUUAUCUUGUCCAGAUGCAUGGAGUAACCCAGUCACGUGGAUUAGAACUCAAAACUUACAGCAGCAUGAGGGAGGUGAUGCAUCAGUGGAUGUCCUGCAUUUUGAAUUAGGCUUUAAGGCUGUGUCGUGUGAACCUUCAGGAGGACGGAAGCUACGCUUCAGAAGGAUGAGCUCAUCUGUUUCACGCGAGCUACAGUGUCCACAGGUAUUUGGCCGUUCCAUAUCUCAGGAAUCUGUGGAGAGCUCCUCAAUGGAGGACUUCUGGAGCGAAGUGAGGAGUAUUAAGGAGAGCAGACAGAAUGGACAAGAGGAACAGACACUAGUGGAAGUCAAGCCAUCCGAAGAAGGGGAAAUGGAAGCAGAGUGGCUUCAGGAGGUGGGAUUAUCCACCCUUGUCUCGGGUGCUGCUGGAGAGGAUGGGAUGGCUCUGCUGUCCACGUUGACCCGGGCUCAGGCCGCAGCUGUCCAGCGCCGGCUGGACACCUACACUCAGACCACGAGGAGAAGGAGCAAGCAGCCGGUCCGAGAUGUUCGAGAGGUGUUUGGUCUUACUGACCCUCCACCCAGAAUUGAGUUCAUGGCACCUGAGUCUUCACCUACUUCCAAUGGUGUUCAACAAGCAGAGGGAAAAACAUCCUGGGAUCCCACAAAAGGAGGCAUCAAAAAUUGUGAAAUUGAAAACCAGCAAAGCAACACUGAAGAAACAGAGGACCUGAACUGGGACAUCCCUUACUCAGAGUCUCUGAUGGCAGCUCAGAAGGUACAGGAAACCAGAACCAAUUGUCCAAAGAAGCUCAACAACACAAGACUACCUAAAUUCACCAUUCCGAAAGACAGACUGGGGGUAACGCGGAUCGGAGAUCUGUCCCCUCAAGAUAUGAAAAAGAUCCAUAACCUUGCUUUAAUAGAGAUAACAACUUUUUAUGAUGCACUGGGACUAGAGCUGAAGAGGAUCAGGCCAGUGAGGGUUAAGGCAAAGGAAACUGGUCUCUUUGGUGUUCCUCUCACAACAUUGCUUGAAAAUGAUCAGAAGAAAGUUCCAGGAACAAAAAUUCCUCUCAUCUUUCAAAAACUUUUGUCAAGAAUGGAGGAAACUGGCUUAGAUGCUGAGGGAAUUCUGCGAGUACCUGGAUCUGCUUCACGAAUGAAGAAUUAUCGCCAAGAGCUGGAGGCAAAAUUUUAUGACUCCUUUGACUGGGAACAAGUCCAUCAUAAUGAUGUAGCCUGUUUACUAAAGACAUUCAUCCGAGAACUGCCCUAUCCGUUGCUGACAGCCGAGUAUCUGCCUGCUUUUGCAGCUGUGCAAUAUAUCUCACAGACGAAGAUGCAGUUACAGGCUCUGCACCUUAUCAUCAUGUUACUGCCUGAUCCCAACAGAGACAUUAUUAAGGCUUUCUUGGAAUUUCUCAGCAAAGUCGUAGCGAAUGAAGCAAAAAACAGAAUGAGCUUGUGGAAUGUUUCCAUGAUUGUUGCACCAAACCUCUUCAUGUGUAAAGGGAGAACUGGAAACCAUCAAGAGGCAGAAGCAGCCACCAAGGCAGCCAAUAUUGUCCAGUUACUUAUAAAAUACCAGGACAUCCUGUGGACGAUUCCUUCCUUUAUGAUAGCCCAAGUGCGGAAGAUGAACGAAAGCGAGAGCAGGAGACGGACAAGAGUGACAUGGCUGACUCCUCCUUCAUUUUUUUUCCCUCCUGCCUUCAAGGGAAACAGCUCACCCCCAUCUGGGAGUUCUCCCCGAGGUCGGAAUAGAAACCAGGAGCCUGCCAUGUGGGACAUGGCAGGUAUGAACUUAAGCCCUAGUACUCCAGGGCACAGCUUUAAGUUGGACAUACCAGAGGGAGUUAUUCGCGUUUACGCCACAAAGCUCUCAAAGGUUUCCAUGGCCAUUCAGCUGGACAGUGAGACCAAAGCAAGUGAUAUUUUGGCUAGGUUUCACUGUGAGAACAGCACGAAUUCCACGGUGCCUCUCAAUGGACAGAGCAAUUAUUUGUUCGAAAUUGGUGGAAAUAUAGGAGAGCGCUGCCUGGACCUCAACACAUACAUUCUAGACUUGUACCAUUUAAAUCCCAAUGCAGCUUGGGUCAUUAAACCCAGAACACUGUAAGAUUAUUUGCUGAAGAGUGAAGGACCAUUAAAGAAUAUUGAAGCAGCAGAGUGGUGAAUUUAACUAUUGGGAUUUCCGAGAACAAUGGGUGGUUUAUAAUGGAGCCUUUGCAUCUUAAGGCUUUCGGCUGUUGUUACUGGUACAGGUUCUGCAUUGGAAGGUGAUCAUUUUGGUAGUCACCAUCUUACUCAUCAGAUUAAGGCAUUUCAUGCAGCUGCAUUGUCAUUCAGUUGGGUGUUCAGAGCACCAACCAGACUCCCAUCAUCUGGAUGCUUCCUCGAGCACCUCAGCAGGUUGGAAUCAGUCGAACGUUUGUACGUGACCUAAAGUGAACAACUUGCAGUAACUCAUCUGGGGGUGUUUAUGAAACAAGUCAGCAUGCCAGACAGAAAUAUUAAGGACAUGGUCUGUACACAAUGUGCAUUUUAAACAACUUAAGCAGACUACACAUUUGAAAUGAGCCACAGACAUAACCAAUCAUGUUUUACUAUGCCUUUUUUUUAGUGUGGGGAGGGUGGUAGUAUAGGGAAGUAAUGAUUGUGCUGGCAAAGUUCAUGGACACAGAAUGGAGAACAGCCGAAGAAUCAACAAGGAUGUAUUUUUUUCUAGAAAAGCUAUUCCGAAGCGAAUGGAAACGGUGCCAAAUUCCAUAGAUCUGAUAAGACGGGAAGUUGUUACAUAAAGAGGAUGAUAGCUGCACCUGCACAAAAAAGGAAUUCCUCUUGGCACAUUACCCUGGGCUGAGUUACAAAUCAACCUGGAAUUUUGUUUUGCAAUAAACUAAAUGCCAGACUUUCAAACAUGGUUCUCAUGGAGUCUGUGUAUCUAGAGAGAUGAGUUGUGGACACUGCAAGCAAACAAGGCCUCAGACCCUCUGGAAAUAAAACCUGCAGGAAGCAGGAAUCUGCAGGAAGCUGACUUUCGGGAUGGAGGAAGACUUCACUGUGGAACCUAAUCUCUAUUGGGUAGUGCCUGUCGACUGUGUGCUAUUGGUACCUUGGCUGGAAUUUGAUAUCUCCUGAGGAACUCGUCUCCUGUGAUGUUGUGUGCAAUUAGCAGAAAGUGAGGCAAUACGUGAAGAUAACUCAUUGGCCUACUCUGUGAUUAAGUACUUCUGGUCAUCUUCACACAUCCUGAGCUGAUGAGUAUGGAGUUGGGUCACAGGUCAGCCACUGGCUCAUAGACUGGCUUAACAGAAUCGAAGGGCUGAAUGAUCACCUCCUGUUCAGAUAUUCAUCUGCAGUUAAGCUCAUUAGAUUGUUCUGGUGCUUUAACGUAACUGCUGAGUCAUUUGAAUACUGCCAUGCUGUUCAGAGAGCCCAUCUCUACAUGAAAGUUGCUGGCAGAUUCUUGGGGUCUUUCUCUGACUUGUGAAAAUUGAGCACAAUUUUUGGUUGGAUGGGGGUAGGGAGGAGUCAGGUAUAUUUGACUUCCAUUAAUUUCUCAGCCUCCUAGAAAAAACGUAGUUUGCUUUUUUUAGAUAGUUAUGCAAGAGGUUUCAUAGCCUAUUCUUCAUUGGAUAGUGCUUUAUUACUGACUUAAUCAUGUUAGCAGCAAGUAAUCCUAUUCCUCUCAGGGGUGCUGUAGAAGAAAUGCUAUCAGUUACAUGUACCACAGUAAAAACAUUUAUUAUGCUGUACAAUUGACCAAACUUCCUGUUUACAUAGAAUGUAUAUAUGUACAACUAGGAGGAAUAAGUAGAGAGGGCCAUUUUGGUCUUUGUCAGUGUUAAUGGUUCACGAGAGCUUACUCCCACAGUGGCUCAUUUAACCCUUUCCACAUGGUCUUCUGCUUGAUCUGUACAACGCACUUUCAUUUGUUUCUUUUGGCAGAGUGCAUGAUGUAAUCAUAUUUAGAGCAGCAUACUCACAUUACAGGCCAUUUGUUGAAACUGCUUUUAGGAGAGUGCAAAUUAGGGAUUCUGGUGCACAUAACACACGUUCCAUUCACUUUAAUAUCAUCACCGGAGUUGGUUGACUUUUUAAGGUGUUUAUUAUAUUACAGGAAUGAAAUCCACACAUAACCUGUUUAAGGAUCUGGAACCAUGGAUGAUCAAACUGCACAGAAAUAAGCCUUUUGACUCAUUGAGUCCCCUCUGUCCAUUUUACACUCAUUCCAUUUUAAUUCUCCCCACACUAAUUAAUUGCCUUCGGAUUCUAUCACUCAUGACACACAUGGCUAUUAAGAAUGACUAAUUAACCACCAAUCUGCAUGGUUUUGAACAUGGGUGAAAGCCAGACUGCCUGGAAUUCACAGGUGGAAUGUGCAAACUCCACAUAAACAGCACCUGAGAUCUGAGAUCAGGAUUGAACUCUCACUGAAGCUUGACACUGCACUUCUACUGGGUGUUCUACCCCCCCCCCCCACCAAA